UAAAAGUGAAAAGAAUGGUGUCCCAAAGAUUCCGUUACCUUGGCAUUCUCGCAGGCAUCUUGGGAUGGUUGGGAGUCAUCAUUGCAUGUAGCCUGCCUAAGUGGAGCAUGACUGCAUUCAUUGGCACAAACAUUGUGACAGCGCAGUUAUCUUGGCAGGGACUUUGGAAAGCAUGUGAAGUGAAGAUCACCGGAACGAUGAGAUGCACAGCUUAUGACACAUUGCUGGACCUCAACAAGGACCUCCUGGCUAUCAGAGCAAUGGUCCUCAUCUCUAUUUUGGCUGGUUUUUUUGGAAUAGUGAUGUCUGGCAUUGGUGGGAUGUGCAACAAAUUCAUUACGGAUGCGCGUGUUAAAUCUAUUGCAUGCAUAAUUGCUGGAGUGGCAUUUAUAUUCUCGGGUGUGCUAUGUAUGAUCCCGGUAUCCUGGACAGCCUACAGCAUCAUUGCAGAUUAUAAAAAUCCCAUAUUGAUGUUUGCACUGCGGAGGCAAUUAGGAACUUCCUUGUACAUUGGUUGGGGAUCUGCAGGUCUUCUGCUAUUUGGGGGAGUGCUGCUCUGCUUCAACUGUCCUCUCAAAGAGCACAUCUACAACCAAAACAACUCCAGUGCAAGAAUAACCACUAUCUCCAGGAAUCCGCCGCUUUACGCAGCAAAGACAAUUCUAUAUUCCUAAAUGACUAAAUUUAUGCAAUCUUUCAUCUUAUAUCAAAAGAAUGAUUGUUACUGAAAGCAAAAACAAUACAGUGGUACAUUCUGCAUUAGGGAGCUAAUCAUUCAUCAACAUAAUUUUGUGAUUUGCUUGACAAUGGCACCAAUAAAUGCAUAUGCAGUCCAGUGCAAAAGCAAUAGGAUUAUUUUGAUGUGGAUCUUCCCCUUGCUUAUACUGUAUUAUUCUCCCCAGAAGAGUGAAGGUAAUUGGAACUUGGCUGUAGGUUUUGUGUUUAUUUAGACACACAAGCAAUAGUCAAAAUUCGAGCACUAAUGUUGAACAAGAAGGUCUGUUGCUUGAGAACUUCCACACCAACAUUGGCAAAUCAAGUAUUUAUGUUCUCAUGAGCACGGUAAUUCUGGAAGUUGAGUUGAGUUGGAAAGUAAUUGACCUGUAGAAGAUGUUACUUUUUGUGUUGUUAAUGUUUUUCUUUUUAAAAAAUUGUUUUGGUUUUUAUGUGCAUAAACAAUUAUAGUAUAUAGUAUAUAGCAGUGGUUCCCACCCUUUUAUUUUUUCAGGAGACCCCUAUUUUAACAUUGUAAAAUUAUAACGAUCCCCAUGCACCUCAAUUCAAACACAGUAGCAGACACAUUUCAUUCAAUGUCGGUUGUCUAAGUUUUUUAAUAAAUGCAAAAACAGCAGAAUGGAAACAAUUAGCUGCAGCUUGCAGCUAUUCAUAACAAACUUUUUUCCCAACAACAGGUUUUUCAUAAACCUGAUGAACAAAUAACAGGAGCAAAUUCAAAUAAAUCUACAUGAAUAUCAUUUAAUAAGAGAAUUAAAGUAUUGUAAUUAAAGUAUUAUAAUUAAAGUAUUAUUGUAUAAAUUUGUUUUUAAUUCUAAAAACUGAAAACAUACAUUAGUUAAAACAAAACAAUAACCAAUGCAUAAUAACUAUUAGCAUAUUUUAUGUGUUUUUUCUUGCCUUUUCUUGUAUUUCUUAUUUAGUUAAGCCCUUAUUUAUUUGUCAAAGGCUAUUUAAUGUGAACUCUGGGCCUGCAUAUCUAAGGCCAAAGAUUGGAUACAGAUUACACACUUAAUUCUCACCUUGUCCAUUACUUCAGUGAAACCAAAUUCAAGAUAACUGUCCAAAUAUAUCCUUGUUUUCUUUUUAGCUUAUUAAUUUUAAAUUCAUAUACCAUCUACCAUAUUUUCUCUUUGCUUUAAAACUACGUUUGUACGUUUCCACUCUCGCAAUAUGCUG